AUGCUGCCGCCAAAUUGGGCAGAGCACAAAGACCCAUCGACGGGCAAAACGUACUAUUACAACUCCGUUACGAAGGAGACGACGUGGACCAGGCCGUCUUCCAGCAUUGGAGCACCACCUCCGCCAGCCCCGCCAGGUGGUCCCGGCACUCCUAAGGCGCCAUUGGCACCGUCCCUGAGCGGCCCAAAGCCGCUGACACCGCUCGGGGCGCCGGCAGCACCGAAGGUGCCCUCGGGCCCGGCGCCGCCGGCACCAGGUGCUCGGCCGGGGAUCUCCUCAGCCUCGCCCCUCGCGCCACCCCCACCUGGAGGCCUCAGCAGACCAACAGUUUCGAUCGCGUCCCCAAGCCCUGCAGCACCCUUGGCCCCCAAAGCGCCCUUGGCACCAGCUGCUCCUGGAGCUCCCCUGGCACCUAAGCCGGCUGUUCCGCCAGUGCCGGGUGCUCCAAAAGCACCAGCAGCACCCGGCGCUCCCUUUGCUCCGGCACUCCCGACUGAGUGGACAGAGCACAAGGACCCGGUGACCGGCAAGACAUAUUACUACAACAAGAUCACCAAGGAGACCACCUGGGAAAAGCCAGCACCCAAGCCUGGAGUGCCAUCAGCACCGGGCGCUCCGAAGGCCCCUUUAGCCCCCGGCGCGCCGUUAGCUCCGAAAGACGACUGGACAGAGCACAAGGACCCAGUGACAGGCAAGACUUACUACUACAACAAAAUCACUAAGGAGACCACUUGGGACAAGCCAGCGCCAAAGCUUGCCGCUACGACUCCAUUAGCUCCAAAGGCACCUUUGGCUCCAGGUGCGCCGCCAGCUCCAGAUCUGAAAGAUGACUGGACAGAGCACAAGGAUCCGGUGACAGGCAAGACUUACUACUACAACAAGAUCACCAAGGAGACCACCUGGGACAAGCCUGCGCCAAAACUGGCGGCGACCACUCCGCUAGCCCCGGCGGCUCCAAAGGCGCCCGGAGCACCGGGGGCACCACCUGCGCCUGGAGCGAGCGAUUGGACAGAACACAAGGAUCCAUCUACCGGCAAGACGUAUUAUUACAACAAGCUGACCAAGGAAACCACAUGGGACAAGCCUGCAGCGCUCGCAGCCAAGCCUGCCGUCCCUGCCCCGUUGGCACCAGCUGGAUUACCUCCAAACUGGGAAGAGCACAAAGAUCCUACAACAGGCAAGACCUACUAUUACAACAAGGUCACGAAGGAGACAUCCUGGGACAAGCCGAAGGGCGCGGCUGCGCCAGCAGCUCCCGCGGCACCGGCGGCUGGCGGCUUGCCACCUGAGUGGGAGGAACACAAGGAUCCUGGCAGCGGAAAGACUUUCUACUACAACAAGACAACCAAGGAGACCACGUGGGACAAGCCAGCUCCAAAGCCUGCUCUUGCACCUGCAAUCAAGCCAGCCACCACCCUUGGGGGCCUUCCUCCCAACUGGGAGGAGCACAAGGACCCAUCCACAUUAAAGACGUUCUACUACAACAAGGUGACCAAGGAGACGUCCUGGGAGAAGCCGAAGGGUGCCGCGCCAGCUCUUCCUGAUGCCGGCGGCUUACCGCCAAAUUGGGAGGAGCACAAGGAUCCGUCCUCUGGAAAAGUGUUUUACUACAACAAGGUCACGAAGGAGACAUCCUGGGACAAGCCGAAGGGCGCGGCUGCGCCAGCAGCUCCCGCGGCACCGGCGGCUGGCGGCUUGCCACCUGAGUGGGAGGAACACAAGGAUCCUGGCAGCGGAAAGACUUUCUACUACAACAAGACAACCAAGGAGACCACGUGGGACAAGCCAGCUCCAAAGCCUGCUCUUGCACCUGCAAUCAAGCCAGCCACCACCCUUGGGGGCCUUCCUCCCAACUGGGAGGAGCACAAGGACCCAUCCACAUUAAAGACGUUCUACUACAACAAGGUGACCAAGGAGACGUCCUGGGAGAAGCCGAAGGGUGCCGCGCCAGCUCUUCCUGAUGCCGGCGGCUUACCGCCAAAUUGGGAGGAGCACAAGGAUCCGUCCUCUGGAAAAGUGUUUUACUACAACAAGGUCACGAAGGAGACAUCCUGGGACAAGCCGAAGAGCGCGGCGGCGCCAGCAGCUCCCGGGGCACCUGCGGCUGGCGGCUUACCACCGGAGUGGGAGGAACACAAGGAUCCUGGCAGUGGAAAGACGUUCUACUACAACAAAAUCACAAAGGAGACCUCGUGGGACAAGCCAGCUCCAAAGCCUGCUCUUGCACCUGCAAUCAAGCCAGCCACCACCAUUGGGGGCCUUCCUCCCAACUGGGAGGAGCACAAGGAUCCAUCCACAUUGAAGACCUUCUACUACAACAAGGUGACCAAGGAGACGUCCUGGGAGAAGCCGAAGGGUGCCUCAGCUUCGGCAGCCCCAGCAGGCUUGCCGCCAAAUUGGGAGGAGCACAAGGAUCCGUCCUCUGGAAAAGUGUUUUACUACAACAAGGUCACGAAGGAGACAUCCUGGGACAAGCCGAAGGGCGCGGCAUCCCCAGCAGCCCCUUCUCCGGGAGGAGGCUUGCCACCCGAGUGGGAAGAGCACAAGGAUCCGACCAGUGGCAAGACCUUUUACUACAACAAAGUGACCAAGGAAACGUCUUGGGACAAGCCAGCAGCUGCAGCCGGAGGCUUGCCGCCGAACUGGGAAGAGCACAGCGACCCAUCAUCGGGGAAGCCCUUCUACUACAAUGCAGUCACAAAGGAGACUCGCCACCUGGCGGCAAGGGAUUCAGUGCCGCAUGCUGAGGUUGGGACAGACCAUGAUUCCUCUGCCUUCGUAAGGCUAAUGCGCAUGCUUGAGGAUGAGACGCUGAUGCGGGCGUGUGGGACUUCCAUAGAUACCCAUGCCGAACUUGCAGCAUGCCAAAGCCGCAAUGGACCCACGCUGCAUGGCAUAAACGUGCCAGACAUGCGUGGGUCAGCUGUGCCGCCAUCACAGUGGGAGGAGCACGUGGACCCGGGUAGUGGGAAGAAGUUCUUCUUCAAUCCGACCACCAACGAAACAAGCUGGACAAAGCCUGCAUCCCGCUCAGCAGGCUACCCGUCAGCCCCAGCGCGGACUUCUGACAGUUGGACGGAACAUAGAGACCCCGCAAGCGGAAAGACCUUCUACUUCAACACUGAAACGAAGGAAACCAGCUGGAAGAAGCCCUCUAAUGGCGCAUCAACCUCCAUGUACUCCUCCAAAUCGGAUCCUGAUCCAUGGACUGAGCACGUGGACCCUGACUCUGGCCGAACCUUCUACUACAACAGUACCACAAAGGAGUCUGCGUGGUUGAAGCCAGGCCACGACGUGCCUGAGCAUCGUAGUGAUCGCAGUGCGGCCAAGGGCAAGCCGCUUGCUCACCAAGAGAGCAGCUGGACCAAACCCACUUCACCCUCGGGCUCUGCCCGUCCGCCCCCUCCCCCAGCCGCUCCUUUGAAGAGAUCGGACGGCUGGACGGAACACCGAGACCCAGCAAGUGGCAAGGUCUUCUACUUCAACGUGGAAACAAAGGAGACAAGCUGGCAGAAGCCGGGAGAGUCGAAGAGCGAGUGGACCGAGCAUGUCGAUGAAUCUGGGCGGACCUUCUACUACAACGCCCAAACCAAGGAGUCUUCCUGGUCCAGGCCAGCGGACCGCAGCACGGGCGGCACGGGGCAGAGCUCCUGGGAUCGGCCGAAACCCAGCGGCCCGAGCAGCGAGCUGCAGCUCAUGUGCUUCGACUUUGACUGCACCAUUGCAGCCAUCCAUGUCUUCGAGGAGCUUUGCCGACGUGGGGGUUUCGAUGGCCCCUCACAGAAGGCUAAGCUGGAGAUCCAGUGCCGGGAAGAGCCUGAAUUUCCUGCCAGGAUCUAUGGCGGACCAGCUAGGCUGCAAGAGUUGAAGAACUUCUUCCAGAGCCUCUUGCAGACUCCACAGCGCAAGGUGAUUGUGAUCACUACCGGCUUUGGGAUGGUGGUCGAUGCAGCCUUAGCCAAAGGCGGGCUGCGGAAGUUCUUCGCCGAGGUCAUCGGCAGAGAACACCCUCUAUCGGAGGCGAAGCAGGGCAGAAAGGAUCGCAUCAUAGAAGAGCUCCGGCGAAAGGACGGCCUCUCUGCGUGGCAGGUGCUGUUCGUCGAUGAUGAUCCUGGCAACGUUGUGCCGGCCGCUGAGCAAAGACUUUGCCGCACGGCUUGGGUUCCGAGACCUGCAGGUGGCAUGGACAGCAUCAUGCUGAGGCUGAUCCGGGAAGCAGCAGAGGAUGAAAGCGGGAAGCAUACGCGCGGCAUGUUCCGCGAGGACCUCUCCCUCGCGGCCGGAGCGCCUUCGGUUGCAGCCUCGGCAAGGAGUCUGCGCCAGGCGGUGGAGGCUGUGAAGCGCGCAACCAUGUUUCGAACUCACUUUCGUGGAGUGAGCCAAGGCAACCUAUGUGGAAUAGCCCACGAAUGCAGCCUUAGCGACCUAGCGGUUUAUGUUAGCAUCCCAGACGUUGUGCUAGAUAGCUGGGGUGAGUCUGUGGCCAGGACACGCGUCAGAGGGCUGGAAGAGCAGGCCGUCGGGCUGGCUAUGCCUGGAACAAGCGCUGUGCCCGACGAGGACGAGGAUCCGGUGCCGCCUCUGGCCUGGAAGCCAAAGGUCUCCGUUUCUUUGGAGCAGUCAACCGGCCGCCAACUCACAGAAGACAUCGAUGCCAUCAUCACGGAUGUGGUGAACCAGGCGCUCGUGAAGAAAGCCAUACAAGGAGCAGUCGGGUCAUGCAAUUUCUGCGUGACCAUCGCAGACCCACGUGGCAAGGAUUUCCCCCUCAUUGCCGUGUCAGAAGCCUUUGAAAAAAUGACGGGUUUCAAGAGGAGCGAGAUCCUGGGGGCCAAUUGCCGCUUCCUGAAUCAGGGGUGCCCCAUCUCUCCGUCGGAUCUGGUUGGUCUCAGGCUGGCGAGUGAGCGUGGCUGUGCCUUUACGGCACUUCUGCCGAAUCGCAAGAAGUCGGGCGAGAUGUUCAUAAACCUACUGGACUUGCGUGGCCUGACCAUUGCGACAGACGUAGAGAACAAUGAGGAGCUUUGGUACCUUAUAGGGAUCCAGGCUGACAUCACUGGACUCGGAGAUCGCAGCGUCCCGGAGGACCACAUGGUCGAGCUCCAAGAGAUUGCCUCGAUGAUCCGGAAGAAGCUGGUCAAGGAGAUCUCCUUACUUGCCGCUGAAGCAACGGCAGUCCCAGAGAGCCAGGACCGCCAGACGACGCCCAGCAACGCCUCAGAUCCGCAGAAGCUCACCAGAUCCUUCAAGCUCUUGCAGGAGCCCAUCUGGAGAAAGGGAUCGUUGAGCAAGCAGGCUGUCCUCGAAAUGGCUGCGAAGCUUGAAAACCAAGCUCCUCAGGCGAGGUCACGAACUGCCCCGGCCACCUUCUCGAGAUGGCUAGUCCUCCCUGCAGGUGGGCUCCACAUCUCCGUGUUGCUGCUGAGCGUCGCCUCUUUCCUAACGGGUCUCCUGCUUGUGCCUGAGAUCCUCAACGGCAAUGCGUAUACGAGCUGGGCCGAGGCUCUCGGCGAGGUGCCUGAGGUAGAGUCUCUAGAGCUUUGCAGUUUUGCUGUUGCCAGGAGGUGGCUCAUUGCAACGGCUUGUCCUGCACAAAUAGUGAAGCUCGGACAGCUCUUCCACGCGCAUUCGCAACUAGGCAAAGUCAUGUUGGAACGCGCGGUCUCUUGUGAAGGACAUGCGCGCCUAGGCCUAGGAGAUGCCAGGUCGAAUUUUCGUGCAAUGAGCCGUGUUGUGGUGCUGUCCACAGCCAUCUGGUUCGUCGGAGCUUUGAGCCCGAAGCAAGCCAUCAUUCUUCCAGUCUCUUCGACCAGCCUGACAUUUGGCUACAUGAAGCGCACUACUGCCUGCAGCUUUGGGGCGGGGCAGCUGGUCGCAGAGCCCUUGCUCUAUGCAGUGAAUUUCCAUGCAGACAUCUGCCACAAAGGCCAUGUAUGGCCUAAUGCCUGCGAAGUUGGCCCGGCAGCCUGGCCGGACGACAGCAUCCUAAUCUGUUAUUCCGUUAUUCCGUUGAUCUGGUCGUCUGGUCGCAAGGCGCGAUUGAACACAGGGGCCGGAGAAGCAUCGACCGUUGUCGGAAGCCAGACUGAACGUCUUUCCGAGUUUCCUGGAUUCGAGGUCAUUCAAAGCUCCUGGCAACAGCCAGAUCUCAGCUGUCUGGAGGUGAAGGCCUCGUUAAAGCGCAGCUAUGAAGAUGCGCUGUUCCAAGUUGAGGAGCUGCAGCAGAAUUUCCAGUCGCUUGCAGUGCAAAGCUUCACUGAUGCGACGGCUGUGCAGGAGCUUCCCCAGACCUGGUCCUGGUGGCAGCUGGUGGCUCCCCUCCUCCCGGUGGCUGCAACAGCCUUCAACAUGCAGGCUGCUCUCUGUGCCCGGGAGAAGGGCUGCUGCAAGGACCUGCUGCUCGGCAAGGCCAUGCUGACCUUUCGCCAUGCCCAGGAGAAGAUGAACAUCUUGAUUUGGCUUGGCACCUUCCAAGGCAGCUUUGCUCUCGCGCCUCACACUGUCGAGGGGCGGUAUGUCCAAGGAGAUGCCUGGAAUGAAGAGCAAGAUGGUUCGUACACGGAGAUGUCUCCGGCAGAGCGCGUGAGGAAUCAGGUGCUCACCGAGUAUGGGCCCCAAUGUGGUACCGGUUUGGUGACCAGCUCUUCAACCUCUUCGGACAGGCGCUUCAUGAAGCUCUUGCGGCCCUGUGGGUAG